ACGGCCACGAGCAGCAACCGCCGCAAUCAUCGCCGUCUCCUUCCCCUGGUCAAGCCCAGGCGCAGUAUUCCGCGCAACAAGCGUACGCCUCUCCGCAGCAAGCGUACGGCGCACCCCAGCAAUUCACCUCCCCGCAGCAACCGUACGCGUCCCCUCAUCAACCAUUCAACACGCCGGUCACCGCGUCGCAUGCAGUCGGCCCGGUUUCUGGAAACAACGGGAUCGGUGGAUCGCCCUUGACUACCGCCAUGGCUCCCCCCAGCGCUCCGUCAGUCGCGCUGGAGCUAACGCAUGGCGGCUCCAAACCUGUCUCCGCUGCCUCUACCCCUGUCCGCGCGCAUUUUGCCGACGCGUCUCAAUCUACCCCUGUCCGCGCGCACCAACCGCACUCCCCCUCCCCCGCCUCCGCUGCUGCGCACGCGUCUGCGGUCACGGUUGUGCAGGCAUCUCCGCUUACUGUUGCGCCCAGUCCCUCCCCAUCUCCCGCUACGGGUACUCCCGGAGCCGUCGCAGCGUCGCCAGGCGGAGUAGGUGCGUCGCCGGGUGGAGUAGGACCGUCGCCAGGAGGAGUCGCAGCGUCGCCAGGGGUCGCAGGGUCAAUGCACGACCCGCCGUGCGCGGCGUGCAAGUCGCUGCGGCGGAAGUGCACGCGCGAGUGCAUCUUCCUGCCCUACUUUCCCCGUGACGAUCCUGAGAAGUUUGCGCGCGUGCACAAGGUGUUCGGAGCCAGUAACGUGUCCAAGAUGCUGCAGGAACUGCCCCUACACCAGAGGGAGGAUGCAGUGGCGAGUCUAGAGUAUGAGGCACAGGCCCGGGUGCAGGAUCCAGUCUAUGGCUGCGUUGGCAUUCUCUGCGUGCUCCAGGUACAUUCCACCUCUCCGCGUCUCCCGGCUGUUCCGUUUGUCUUCGACCAGAAAGGAAACGUUGACGAGAAGCAGAUAGGAAAGCUCGCGGAUUACGCGGCGGGAAACCCGGACCGCAUUCCGAAGAUCGUGGCGAAGCUGGAGGAGCGAGCCAUUCGAGAGCUGCGCGCCGAGCGGUUCAACUCGCUACCCGCCGUGGCUCGGUCGUACUCGAAACUGCUCUCCUCGUGUCAGAGCUCCCUCGCGCUGCUGGCGUGGAGCGUGCUGAGCGUGGUGCAGAAGCUGCUGCAGAGCAAGCGAGUGGACGUGCGCGUGCUGGGCUGCGACCUGCUCGCGGAUUUCGUGGACUGCCAGUCGGACGCCGCGUACGCCGCGCCCAUUCAGAAGCUGUGCCCCACGCUCGUCGCCAUGGCGCACGAGGCCGGCUCGCAGGAAGACUCCCGGGCCGCCAGGUCGUCCGCGUUAAGAGCUAUCGCCGCUGUGGUUAGUACACUGGCAGACCGCCAUUCCUCCAACCCCACAAGCUGCACGCAGCAGCAUAUGCAGCUGCUGGCGGCCGUGCUGGACAACUACAAGCCGCACGCAGCAGGCGCCGGGGACGAGGGGGCAGCAGCAGCGGAGAAGGUGCGGGAGAGGACGCACGAGGCUCUCAAGAAGCUGACUCUUCAGCAGCAGCAACAACAGCAAGGGGGUGGUGGCAAGGAGAAAGAGGGGCUGCAUCAGGAGAGGAAGCUGGUCACUCCACUGCCCUCCAAGUCAGAGCUACAGCACCCAGAAGUGGCAGCGUUGGUGGCGGUAUGGGCUCUCGCGCACAUGUUUGCAGCCGCGGUGCCUCUCUCCUCACAGCAGGUGCUGGCGCAUCUGCUGCUCUACCUCUCCAACGGCUCCCACUGGGCCGACUUCGAGGCGCCUCAAAACCACUGGGAGCUACAGCACCCAGAAGUAGCGGCGCUGGUGGCGGUGUGGGCGCUGGCGCACAUGUUUGCAGCCGCGGUGUCCCUCUCCUCGCAGCAGGUGCUGGCGCAUCUGCUGCUCUACCUCUCCAACGGUUCCCACUGGGCCGCGCCUGCUAGCCAAGGCGACGCAGCAGCAGCAGCAGCAGCGGGGGCAGGGGCGGAGGCGGGGGCGGCAGGCAGGGGAGGGGUUGCAGGGCAGAUGUUAGAGGAUAUCUGUCUGGCUCUCCGGUUCCUGGCCACUCGCUCUCCUUCGCCCACCAAGGAGGAGCGGCGGCUCCUUCUGGCGCUGCUAGCAGCAGUGAUCCGCCACGCGGACUCCUCCCCCGCCCUGCGCUCCCCCCGCAUGCGCCACGACGCCCUUGCUGUCGCGGGGGGGCUGCAGAUGGCGCACCUGCUGCUGGCGGACGGGGGGAAGUGGGCGGACGGGGGGAAGGAAACCGGGGGACAGGGCGCAGGGGGAGGGCCUGGGAUUGGGGAGGAGAAAAGGGAGAUUAGCGCAGGGGGAGCGGGAGGGGCGGUGAGCAUGAGAGGAGGGCCGGAGGCAGCGAGUGAGGUGCAGGCUGUGGGCGACUUAUUGCGGAUACUGAAGCGCAGUAUAGUGGAGGAGAAACAGGGGGGCGGCAUGGACGAUAAUAUCAUAGGGGAGGGGCAGGUGGGGGGUGGCGUGUCGUUCAGACGGAGACAAGGCGAGCAGCCUGCUCUGCAGGAGCAGGCGCUGAAGCUGCUGGUGCUCGUGACAUUGUUGCAUGCGGGCAGUCCAAAGGACCGAGCAGCGCUGCUGCUGGACGACACGGCAGUGUUCCUCGAGUCCCUGCCGUCCGACCCCUGGGGCUCCUGGGCCACACUCGUUGCUGCAGAGGCUGCUGCCGCCGUUGUCGUGCUGCCCGUGGCUGUGGCCGUGGAGAGAAACGAGGGGGAGGAGGGGGGGGAAGGGGAUGAGGGGGAGGAGGGGAACAGGAAGGGGUCUGGAACCUUGGGAAGCUUCCCGGAUGCUGCGCUCCUCAGCAUCCUCCGUGCCUUCCUGCACCCGCACUCCGAGACAAGAGACGCUGCCCACCACCUGCUGCAGCUGCUUCUCCGGGGCCCUGCAGCCUUCCCACCAAAUGACAGGGACUGCUACGGCCUCGUUAUUGCAGCCAGUGCUGUCACCACCAGUGCUUCUGCUGCUCAUCCACUGGCCUCCAUAGAGGACAUUAAACGGCCCCCUCUGUCCCCCUCGCCGUCCCAACUCCCUCUGCUACUAUCCGCGCUCUGGCUGCAAGCAGCCAUGCCCUCCACCGCCCCCAAGUCCCUCUGUGCCCUCUCCUCCACCUUCCACGCCCUCCUGCCCUGCCUCUCCGCCCCACCUCCCCCUCCCUCUUCCCCCGCCUCCCCCUCCUCGCAAUCCCUGUCCUCCUCGCUCCUCCAGUCCUUCCAGCUCGCUCUCUCCCUCCGCCGAAAGGCCCUCUCUCUGCCUUCCGUUGCAGCACAAGGGGCAGAUGGGGGAGGGGGAGGGGGUGCAGGGGCGGAAGUAGAAGAAGAGGGGGGAGGGGGUGGGGGAGAGGCGGAGUGGACGAUAGGGCCGGUGGAUCGGCGGUCGGUGUUCACUGUAGCCACUGCCAUGCUUGCAGGUCUGGCUGGCAGCCUGGGCAUGGAGGAGGUGGCGGCGUUUGUCCUCGCACCUGCUCUAGCAUGUGUGUGUGCGUGCCUGCUUGGCAUCUCAUCGACUGUUCUGCCUGCUGCCAUGCAUAACCCCAUACCCUCGCUCAUAUGCUCUCCCUCCCUUUCCGUCUCCCAAUACCCCCACUCCCCCCCCUUCUUUCCCCUCUGCCACCACUUUCCCCCCACUUCCCUCUCCGCCACCUCUCCCCCUCCCUCCCUCUGCCCCCCACGCCAGGCCAACCCCUUCCACGUCAUCAAUCCCGACGGCACGCUCUCAGAGCGCCGCCCGCCCACCUCUCAGAGUGCGUUCGGCUCGCCUGCUGACUCAGAGCGGGCGGCGGCUGAGCUGGCAGGGGCGAGCAGCAAAGAGGAGGAGGUGCAGGUGCAGCUGGGGGAGAAGAUAGCUGCUGCAGUUGUAGCUGCGUUCCCGGGUCACUCGGUGGAGCCAGCAUUACUCCUGGCGCCGUUCCACCCAUCAGACUCUCUCGCCCUCACACCUGCAGCCGACAUGCUCGCUGCUGUCGCUGCCGACUCCGCUGCUCCCAUCCUCCCCUCCUUUGAGGACUUGCCGGCUGCCAUUCCUGAUGAGGAACUCUUCCGAGCCUCCUCCGUCCCGGACCUGGCCAGGCCCGGCCAAGGCAGCAACGAUGGGAGCAACCGAGGCUCGGACAAUGCCGGUGCUGCUUUGGCGGAUGAUAAAGCAGGUGCAAGUGUACCAAGUGUGGAGCAGAUAUUGGAGUCAUUACAAGAAGAUCAAGAGAUUAGUGCCUCCAAUAUGACGGUGGACGGUGAUAAGGACGGGAAGAAGACGAGCGGCAAGAAACGUAGAGCGGAUCCAGCCAAUGAAGGCGAUCCACGUGUCGGCGCGGACAUAGGCACCGUUGCGACAGCGGUAAGCACGGCGGGAGGCGCGGCGUCGGCCGGGGAAGGGAAGAAGAAGAGAGCGCGGAAGGCCAGGGGUGAGGGGAGUGAGGCGGGCGCGCAUAAGGAAGAGGGGGGGGAGAAGGGUAAGCUUACGGAUGAGCGGGAUGAGGCGGAGGAGGACGGGGGAGAACAGGGGGAAGCGGAGCAACAGGGGGAAAUGUCAAGCGCAGCAGCUGAGGACAAAUUGGUAGCAGGGGCGGAAGAUGCGGAAUUGGGGGAAGAUGCGGAAGAGGAGGAAGCGGAAGAGGGGGAAGUUCCGCAAGACGACAAUGAUGCCCACGGGUUCGCGGAAGCGGACGCGGAGCUUUCCCCGCGCGAGCUGCUUCCGCAACUAGACGCGGAGGCCGCCAGCCAGAGGCGCAUCAAGGCGCACAAGCUGGUCGCGGAAGCGGCGGCGGCCGCUGCGCGGAGUGCCACCCAGGGGAAAGAACGCGGAAGCGGUAGUGGAGGGGGAACGGCGGCAGCAGCGGCGGCGGCGGAGUGGUUUCAGGCGCAGGUGGUGGCGAACUGCGGCAGAAGCAUGUCGUCCGUUGAGCGCGAACGAGUGAUCCCAGCCUCGUCCAUUGCGAUCUACAACAUCCACUCACCCUCCUCGCCGCAGCAGCCCGCCCCCAGCACCACCACCCAGGCGCCAGGUGCGCAACCGGGCGGCAGGGGACCGGGCGGCGGGCAAGCGGGCGGCAGAGGGGCGGGCGGCAGGGGAGCAGGGAGGGGAGGUAAGGCCGGCAGCGAGUCUGCCGCCGCCCACGUGGGGCCGAGUCUUGCCGACCACCUGAAGCGCAGUCUCGGCGCCACGUGGCGGUCGCUGCUGCUGCCACCUGGCGACAAGCAAGAAACAGACAAGGAUCAAAAGAAGGGGCAAGGGCGGAAGCCAAAGGGGCAGAAUCAGCAGCAGGGGCAGCAGGGGCAGCAGGGGCAGCAGGGGGGGAAAGAAGAGGAGGGAGACGCAGAGUGGGAGGCGGGGAGUCCGGUGGUGCUGAUAGUGUCAGCUUCGGCAGUGCGGUGUGUGGACCUGCUGAGGGCGUGCAAGGGCGUGGGGCGUGGGUGCCGCGUGGCGAAGCUGUUCGCUAAACACCUGAAAGUGGAGGAGCAAGUUGAGAUGCUGAAAGGGCCCGUGCACAUCGCUGCUGGCACCCCCAACAGGCUGCUGAAGCUCCUCUCAUGCGGUGCCCUACGUCUUGCCUGUGUCCGUGUGGUGGUGCUGGACAUGCUACCAUCGCCCAAGGCCUUCACCCUCCUCUCCAUGCCUGACGUGCGGGUCGAGUUCUGGGAGCUGUAUCUAAAGCAUCUGCACGAAUCGGUUCUCUCGGAAUCUGCUGUACUGGCGCUCCAUGAUUGGACCGGUGACACUUCGCCGCCCAAAGCGGGCGGCGGGAAGAAGCUUCCUGGAGAGCAGAUGAAGGGAAAGAAGCGGGCGGCAGCCGGUGCAAGGCGGGAAGAAGGAGAGGAAGAAGGAGAAGGAGGAGGAGGAGGAGGAACAGAGGAUGCAGGAGACACAGCAGGAGGGGAAGAGGGGUUGCAGAAGAAGCAGAAGAAGCGCAAAGCUUCAAAGGCAACUGCUGGAGCUGAGAUGAGUGCAGCUGUGGAGGAAGGGGCAGGUGGUGCGGCAAGGGGACCGGCAGGAGAUGAGCGCAAGGGGAAAGGGAGGCGUGAAGGGGGGAGAGGCAGAAGGGGUGGUGGUGGGGGGAGGGGUGGCGGAAGAAGGGGUGGUGUGGGGGGAGGUGGUUUGGUGAGAGGUUUUGGGGGAAGAGGUAGUGGUGCAAGGGGUGGCGGGGGAAGGGGUGGAAGGGGAAGAGGCGGCGGGGGAAGGGGGGGGAGGGGGCGGGGCGGUGGUGGAAAGCGCAGUGGUGAUUGA